AUCACCAGCUAGCGUCUACACUCUACAGCAAAAGGAGGAAGGAAAAUCUACAAAAAUCUAUCUGAAUAUGGCAAUGAAAUAAAUGGAAUAUCUUAUUACGGACAGCAAUCACUUUUCUUACUGUUAAAGAGAGUGACCCAAAAUCACCCAAUGCACAAGCCCUGAUUUUUGGUGCCGAUAACCAGUCUAUCAUCUCUCAUCCUCUGACAAUGCCCAGCUGUUCUUUUUCAGCUUUACCUGAUAGACCCUUCAAUCUAAGCUAAAUUCCAAACUUAAUCACCUCCUCCAUUCUCAUCACCCACCACUCUUUCUUGUUUCUAUCAGUUACUAUCUGCUGAUGUUAUAAUUCUCUUAUCUUCUCUUCAACAUUUGCAGUACUGCCUUUCUGCCACGGCUUAUCUCAAAGUCCCUCCGUUUUAGCAAAAGCUCACCAUUGUUUCACGGGCAAGACGAAAACCUCUUCUUUUUUCCACCAGGAGGACUUCAUAAAGAGAUGGGGUGUGGUCUGUCAAAGCAAGAUGAAGAAGAUGAUGUUGUGUCCUUGUGUAGAGAAAGGAAACGGCUACUUAAGUUGGCUAUGGAGAGAAGAUAUGCAUUUGCAGACGCUCAGUUUAGGUAUACUCAGUCUCUCUAUGCAGUAGCAAUGGCUUUGAGGUUGUUUGUGGCUAGACAUUCUUCUCCAUCUUCUCCUUUUCUUAUCACUUUCCCUUCUACUACUUCUGCUAAUGUUGACACCAACGAGACCUUUGCCACCAACACAAUGUUUCUUCAACAGAGGCCAACUGAACCCAACCAUGAAACCAUUGCAUGUCAGCCUUCUGAUUCUAAAGGUUCUUUAGGCUUUAAGUUAGAGAAGAAAGUACAAGAAACCCAAGAAGAUAAUAAUGAUAAUGCUGAUCAUGAGGAGAUGGAAUCCGGGGAAGGAGAAGAUGAAAGUGAAAGUGAAGAAGGAGAAGAGCUUUGUAAGCACUUUUAUGACGAGGAUGGUCCACCAGUGCCAUCACCACAGAGGGAAUUUGGAUGGGAUUUUUUUUACCCAUUUGAUGAAAUGAGAUCAGAAGUUUUAAAUGGGUUUAGUCAAAGCUCAGAGGAGGAUUUGAGGGCUGUAAGAGAGAAAGAAGGGAUUCCAGAGCUGGAAGAGGAUGGAGGGAGGGUAAUAAAUGAGUGUGAAACUGUAAAUUUGAAAAACUGUGAUGUGGGUCACAAGAAGAAUGGAAUUAUAGAUAUGAGAAGCGAAGAUAACGGAAAUGUCGUAGGCGAAGGGGAAAGUAAGAGAUUGAGAGUGAUCGAUGAACCCGCAAACGGGAGGGAAUUGCUGGAAGCAUUGAAAGAUAUCGAGGACCAUUUUUUCAGGGUUUAUGAUUCUGGUCUGGAUAUUUCAAGGAUGCUAGAGGCCAACAGAGUACAAUUGCAAUCUGGUUUAGAGGAAAUCAAAGAGAGCUCGAAUAAGCUCAUCAGAUCAAUUACAAGGAGUCGCUCCACCUCAUCUCGGUCUUCCUCCUGUAAAAGUCUCCUUUCAUCUAGUUCUACAAGUUCUUCAAUGUGGUCAGAGUUCAAGACUGAUCUAUAUGAUGACUAUGGAUUGGAAGCAGGGAGCCAUUCGUUGACUCUAGGGAGGUUAUAUGCUUGGGAGAAGAAGCUUUACAUGGAGGUGAAGGCUGGAGACCAGACCAGGAAAAUUUAUCAGCGAAAAUGCUCUCGUUUGAGGCACCUGGAUGCUACGGUAGAUGACUUCGGCUCCAGGGAUAAAUCUGCAACUGAAGUAAAAGAAUUACAUUCCAAGAUCUCAGUUGCAAUAAGAAGUGUGGAGUCCAUCUCCAACAGAAUAGAGAAAUUGAGAGAUGAAGAAUUGCAGCCACAACUGCUUGAGCUGCUACAUGGCCUGAUAAGAAACUGGAAGAUAAUGUUGGAAUCGCAUGAAACUCAAACCCGAGUCAUGCUUGAAGUGAAAUUCUUCAACUGCCCAGCUUAUGGAAAGUUCUGUAAUGACUCUCACCGUCUCGCCACUCUUCAGCUUGAGGCAGAACUUGAUAAUUGGCGUGCUUGCUUUGCUGCAUAUGUAACUACUCAGAAGGCCUACAUUGAAGCUCUUGGUGGUUGGUUGUCCAAGUUCAUUGCUCCUGAAGUUGAAUUCUAUUCUAGUGGGAAGUCUUCAUUCCCACCAUGUAGAAUUAAUGGGCCAGCCUUGCUAGUAACCUGUCACAAUUGGUUAGCUUGGCUGGAAAAACUGCCCGAUAAGGCUGUGACAUAUGCCAUGAAAAGCUUUGUGAAGGAUAUUCAUGCCCUGUGGAAUCAACAAGGAAAAGAGCAACAGCAAAAGAGAAAGGUUGAUGGCCUAGCCACAGAACUUGAGAGGAAGGCCUUGGCAUUCCAAAGAGCAGAAAGGAGAAUCCUCGGAUGCAAGAUUUCUGAGCAAGAAUCACAAGUCAUUAUCCGUAAUCACAUCGAGUACUUGGCAGAAGGGAAAAAUCUUUUGGAUAUGUUCAGGAAAAGUCUAGAUGAAGAGAAGGAAAAACACCUGACUAACAUGCAGGAGACCCAGCAAAUCGCUGUAAGUGCAUUUCAGACAGGGUUUUCUUCAGUUUUUGAGUCAUUGGCCGAGUUUUCUGAAGCAUCAAUGAAAAUGUAUGCUGACCUUAUAACAUACAGUGCAGAUCCAAAGACAGCAGAAAAAAAUGAUAGCGACCUAUCCUAUAUGGAUGGAUUGUACUCUUAAGGUUCCUUUCUGAAAGGAAUGAUUGAAAAUGUAAGAGUUGGAGAAUCUCCAAUCCUUGGUUUCUCAAAGAUAAAAUAGUAUGUAUAGAGAAUCUGUCAAAGUAUGUAUAGCACGCUUUUGUUUAUAUAUGGCAAAGGUUUUCUUUGUUGCA